AUGCCUCGUGGUCACAAGAGUAAGCUCCGUGCCCGUGACAAACGCCGUCAAAACAGAACUGAGAACCAAGAUGUUAAGAGUGCUGAGGUCACUACAGGAGAGGAGGAAGUGGCUGCUUGCACUUCCUCUUCUGUUUUGGGGGAUGUUCCCUCAUGUGCCACUAGUUCAUGCACUUUCCAGGAGCCUCCGAGCACCCCAGCCACCACUAGUGCUACUGCAGGUGCUUCGAGUGAAAGAUCUGUUGUAAAAGCCAAAGGCCAGGUUUGGAAAAGUAAAAAUUACUCUCUGGCCUCAACUUCCACUGAGGGCCCUGGCCAAGAUCUUUUAAAUCGGAAGGUGAUUAUGUUGGUACAGUACCUGCUAUGUCAGUAUAAAAGGAAGGAGCCCAUUAAAAAGGCAGACAUGAUGAAGAUAAUCCACAAAUGGUACCGAAAGGACUUCCCUGAUCUUCUCAGGAGAGCCUCGGAGCGCAUGGAGCAGUUCUUUGGUCUGGAAGUGAAGGAAGUCAAGCCCAACAGCAACUACUACACCCUUGUCAGCAAUCAAGAUAACACCAGCGAAGGGAGCCUGAGCAGCGGCUUCACAUUUCCUAAAAAAGGGAUUCUGAUGCCUGUCCUGGGUGUGAUCUUCUUAAAUGGCAACCGUGCCUCUGAAGAGGAGACCUGGAAAUUCUUGAAUGAAUUGGGCAUCUGUGAUGGAAAGUGUCACUUCUUAUUUGGAGAGCCCAGGAAGCUUAUCACCCAAGAUUUGGUGCAGGAAAAAUACCUGGUAUACCAGCAGGUGCCCAGCAGUGAUCCUCCAUGCUAUGAGUUCCUAUGGGGUCCAAGAGCCCAAGCUGAGACCAGCAAGUUGAAAGUCCUUGAAUAUUUGGCCGAUCUCAAUGGUACUGUCCCCUCUGCCUACACUCCCCAUUAUGAAGAGGCUUUGAAAGAUGAGGAAGACAGAACCCAAACCAGAGCCCUAGCUGCACUCAGCAUUGCCACUCCUUCCGAGGCCACUGGACGCUCCAGGGCCGCAUCAAGCUGCUAUCCUGUCCCUGAGUGA